UUACGAAAUAAAUUUGUUUUACGGGAAAACCCUCCCCAACCCAAUCCAUAAACCUCAGCAGCCGAGCUGAGCGGAUUCCAAAAAGCACAGUCACAAAGUAGCCGGCCGAUUGACAAGUGAUGUCUUUUCUCGCUGCAGCUCCGGCGGCCUCCUCUUCGUCGCAACUGCUUCAGCGAUCCAAACCGCCCUUACCUUCUUCCAACUUACCGUCCCCAAAUUCCCGUGCAUUUUUGCAGCUGCGGAAGAACAAACGGAUAGCGAGAGGGUUUCUUCAUGUUACGGCGGCGGCAGCUAACAAGAGCAACUCUAGCCCAAUUGAAAACAAUAGCAACACCCAAAAAUCCCUAAAAAAUAAGGAAGAAGAAGAAAUAGAAGUGGAGGAGGAAUUGCCAUGGAUUCAGGAGAAAGCAUUGGACGUAGUAGAGUUCACCGGCUCUGUUACUCAAGCCCUACCUGGUCCGAGAGUUGGCCAGAGCUCCUUACCUUGGAUUCUGGCUGUUCCUUUAGGUUAUCUUAGCAUCACCUUUGUUAUUGCCGUCGUUAAAACCCUAAAGAAAUUAUCCUCUCCCAAAGCCAAGCGCCGGAGCCUGGUCAAUAAAAAUGCUAUGCUUUGCAAAUCCAUUGAUGAGCUCCUAUUUCACAAAGCAGGACCUGGUGAGGCAUUAUCGCCUUCCGCCCUCGCUGAUUUGCAGAAAAAGACAGGUUUUAGCAUGGAGGAUAUUUUCCGCAAGUAUGUUCGAUAUGCUUUGAAUGAGAAGCCUUUCAAUCCUGAUCUAGUUGUCAAUUUAAUCCACUUUAGAAAAGCUUCAAUGCUGGAGGACUCCCACGUUGCUGAUAUUUUGAAUGACAUUUCAACUCGGAUUGUGAACGAAAAAGGUCCGGUGGUCAUGGAUAUGGCAGGGUAUACUGAAAAAGGAUUUAAGAGAAAGCUUGCCGUGCAGACCCUUUUCGGCAAGGUGUAUUAUCUGUCUGAGCUGCCAGAGUUCUGUUCAAGAGACAGUUCCUUAGUUGUGAAGGAGAUAUUUGGGGUUACCGAUGAAGAUGCCGAAAAACUUCGGCUGCAUACUCUUUCCGAAGCCGGUGAUAUGGAGUCACUGGAGAAAAUGGUUGACAAUUCAGAUUCUGAUGAGCAGUUAUCUGCGGGUCCCUGAUUUAAUAGAGGUUUUGUUGCGGUGAUUUUUGAGAUAAUGUUAGAGAACCGUACGUAUUUUUUGCUGGGUUUUUUUUUUUUUUUGGAAAAGUGAAAUAGUUGUAACAAGAGGCGUUGAAUUGGUGAUUUUCUUUCAUGAGCUUGAUGUGAGAAUUAACUUAGAAAAUUCUGUGAAAGGGAAGUCGUUAUGCUCAUAAGCAUUUGUAUACACAUCUCAGUAAUAAAGUGUUAUAUCUCUUAAAAUCCCA